AUGCCUCCCAGGACAGGUGCAGAGGCCCCACUCGGAUCUGGGCUCUGUUGGGGGGUUGAAUGCCAUGCUGGCCACCCAACACUACUUCUGAUGCUCUUUGCCAAUGUGCUGGUGACAUGGCUUGAGGCUGCUAAACUCACCGUGGGCUUCCAGGCCCCCUGGAACAUCUCCCAUCCAUUCAGUGUGCAAAGGCUGGGUGCUGGACUCCAGAUUGCCAUGGACAAGAUAAACUCUGAGCUGGUGGACUUUGGAAACUUCAGCUGGGAGUUUACUUACACCAACUCAACCUGCAGUGCCAAGGAGUCUCUUGCUCUUUUCAUCAACCAGGUCCAGAAAGAAGAAAUUUCAGCCCUGUUUGGACCAGCAUGCCCUGAAGCAGCAGAGGUUAUUGGUUUGUUGGCUUCCGAGUGGAACAUCCCCAUGUUUGACUUUGUUGGACAAACAGCAAAACUGGAGGACAACUUCUUGUAUGACACCUAUGUGAAACUCCUGCCACCCACGCACAGAAUUGGUGAUGUGCUCCAGAAAAGCCUCCAGUACCUGGGCUGGAAACACAUUGGGAUGUUUGGAGGUCACUCUGGGACUUCCUCCUGGGAUGGAGCGGAUGAGUUGUGGAGGGUUGUAGAGAAUGAACUCAAAUCCCAUUUCACCACCACCACCAGCAUGAAAUAUACCAACAACGAUCCAGCCUUCCUUCAAGAGAAUCUUAGGAGCCUGUCAAUGAUUUCCAGGGUUAUCAUCUUAAUCUGCAGCUCAGAAGAUGCAGAAGUGAUCCUGCUGGCUUCAGAGAACCUGGGACUCCACACAGGAGAAUUCGUCUUCAUCAUCUUGCAGCAGCUGCAGGACAGUUUUUAGAAAGAGGUAUUGACGAAUCAGAAGGCGACGCACUUCCCUGCGGUCUACGAGUCAGGGAUUCUCAUAGCCCUCAGCUCCUCCCAAGAAGGCCCCGGAUAGGAAGCCUUCCGAGAGCAGGUCCACCGAAGGCUACGGGGGCCGCCCUUCCAAGGCCCUGUCCAUAGGGCCGAGCAGGUGAACCCCUACUCUGCCUACCUUCACGAUACAGUCCUGCUGUAUGCUGAGACCGUGAGGGAGAUGAUCACUGCCGGAAGGGAGUUCCAGGACAGGCGGCAGCUGGUCAGUACUCUGAAAGGCUCCAAUCGGACUGUAUUGCAGGGAAUCACCGGCCCUGUGUUUGUGCACUCCCAGGGAGAAAGGCGCAUGGAUUACUUGGUCUAUGCCUUACGGAAAUCCCCAAAUGGGUCCCUCUGUCUUCCUUUUCUUCAAUAUGACAGCUAUCAGGAAGUCAUCAGACCCACGGGGAAUUUCUCCGCUAUUACUUGGCCCCAUGGCUCCCUUCCUGAAGACAGCCCUGGCUGUGGAUUUUCUAAUGAGCUCUGUGAAACUGAGCCUGCUUUUCUAGGUCAGUGUGUGACUGCUGUGAUUUUCACCAUAACCCUCCUGAUUACCAUCCUGGGAGCUGUCAUCAUAGGUCUGAUUUUAAGAAUAAAGAGGGGAAAACUGCGGAGACAAAAUAAAGAUCUGUGGUGGCAAAUCAAUUAUGAUGACAUCACCAUUCUGCCCCAGAGCAAGCCAUCCCAGAGAGGCACACCUGUGUCGAGAGGGAAUCACAGUAAUUCGUCUAGUGUGAUGAUUUCUGGGGACUUCAGCUCCUUUGUCAAGAGCCCACAGAGGGAAGAGCUCUUUUAUGCCACAGUUGGGCUUUUCCAGGGAAACCAUGUGGCCAUCUGCUCUGUUGGUGACCAAGCAGAAGCCUGGGUCAGGAAGCCAUCUGUGCUGCAGGAAAUCCAGCUGAUGUAUGAAUUAAGGCAUGAAAACAUUGUUCCCUUCUUUGGUAUUUGCACAGCAUCACCCAACAUCUGCAUUGUCACCCAGUAUUGCAAAAAAGGAAGUCUUAAGGAUGUUUUGAGAAACUCUGGCAAUGACAUGAGUUGGAUAUUCAAGCUCUCAUUUGCAUAUGACAUAGUCAAUGGCCUGCUGUGCCUCCACAGGAGCCCUCUGGGGUCUCACGGCAACCUGAAGCCUUCCAACUGCCUGGUGGAUGGCCGGAUGCAGGUGAAGCUGUCGGGAUUUGUGAUGUGGGAACCCAAGUACGGCCAGAUAUACAGAACAUAUGAUGAGAAAACGAUGAGCCCCUCGGAGCUCUACUGGAUGGCCCCAGAGCUGCUGCAGCUCCCCGAGGCACCCUGGUCAGGCACCCCUAAGGGAGAUGUUUAGAGCUUUGCCAUCCUGAUGAGGGAGCUGAUCUACCACCAAGACCAUGGACCUUUUGAUGAUCAAAACCUGACACCAGAGGGUGAAGCUGGGAGAGACUCCUGCAGCCGAAUCAAGGACCCCAGGGCAUCAGUGCCACUUCGACCGUCCCUGUCAGAGGAGAAGGGUGAUGAAAAAAUGGUGAUCAUGGUGAAGGCGUGUUGGGAUGAAUCUCCAGAGAAAAGGCCCACUUUCCCUUCCAUCAAGAAAAUGACACAGGAAGCCAGUCCCAGAGGCCACGUGAAUGUACUAGGCAGUAUGGUGAGCAAGCUGGAAGUGUACGCCAAUCACCUGGAGGAGGUGGUGGAAGAGAGGACCAACCAGCUAAUGGCCGAGAAGAGGAAAGUGGAUCAGCUUCUGUCCACAAUGCUGCCCAGCUUCAUUGGAGCACAGCUCAUAGCUGGGAGAGCCGUGGAACCGGAGCAUUUUGAGUCCGUGACAGUUUUUUUCUCUGACAUUGUUGGAUUCACAAAACUCUGUUCUCUCAGCUCCCCGCUGCAAGUUGUGAAGCUCCUUAAUGACCUGUACAGUUUGUUUGAUCACAUCAUUAAAACUUAUGAUGUGUAUAAGGUUGAAACCAUUGGUGAUGCAUACAUGGUGGCUGGCGGACUUCCCAUCCGCAAUGGAACCCAACACGUGGACGAGAUUGCCACGAUGUCCUUGCACUUCCUCAGUGCCACCGUCCACUUCCAGACUGGGCACAUGCCUGAGGAAAAGCUUAAGCUCUGGAUUGGCCUCCACACAGGUCCCGUGGUGGCUGGCGUGGUGGGAUUCACCAUGCCCAGAUACUGUCUGUUGGGAGACACGGUGAACAUGGCGUCCAGAAUGGAAAGUAUCAGUUUGCCUCUCCGGAUUCAGGUCUUCCAGAGCACGGCAGACGCCCUGCUGGCCUUGGGAAGGUAUGAUUUGCAAAAGAGAGGCGGCAUUCCAGCCAAGGGCAAAGGAGAACAAACCACUUUCUGGUUGAAAGGCAAAGAAAGCUUCAAGCUUCCACUCCCCGAAUUUCCUGAGGAAGAAGCUGAAGUCCCAGACAUCUUCUGA